GAAUCGAGGAAAAUGUAUUAUCCUGCCAAUAUUUGAUAAAUAAAAAAACGUUCCUGACGCAUCUGUGUUUUACUCCUCAGUAGUAAUAGGACGGAGAGGAAGCUCAUUUAACUUUCUCUAAAAUUCCCCAAGGGAAUCGUGUUUGCAUAUUUAAAAAAAAAUAGUUGGCAGCAAGUUGCUAUUAUUAGAUGUUAAUAACUUUGCAAUGUGAUAUGCCGGGCUCCUGCGUCAGCCUAUACGCUCUGCACAGUGCAUGUCAAUUUUGAGCCAAAGCAGCAUGUGAUCCUCUUGCAUCCUCGCGCGCACAGAAGCUGGGUACCAAACUCGUGACUGUAGGGAGGCAGGUUACUCGCCGAUUAUAUUCGCUCUGCAUGCGAUGGUAUUAAUUCCCGACAUUAUUUCUUUAUAACGGCACAGGAGGUUCUACGCUGUUUGCAUCAGUCAAGGACUAAAAAGAAACAGGACUAGACGGCCAUCUCCUCCCAAGUUUAGCGCCUGUCAUUUGACCCUCAAGCUAGGUGUGUCCCUCUCCCCCUUCACCGGGUCAGACCCUCUUCUACCCUUGCCCCGUUGAGGCUUUUUUUCUUUUUUCCACUUGCGGGUUCCACCAACACAAGGAGUCCCAGAUGCCCAAGAACAGCAAGGUGACCCAGCGGGAGCACAGCAAUGAGCCCGUCACCGAGUCCGUGGCCGACCUGCUGGCCCACGAGGCGGCGCUGGACUACAAGAGCAGCGUGAUGAAUGUGGGCGGAGCCGGCGGAGGCCCCGCCCAGAAAGGCAAGGGCAAAGCCAAGGACACGGACACCGCGCUGGAGAAUGACGGCCGCCCGGCCUGGAACAGCAAGCUGCAGUACAUCCUGGCCCAGGUGGGCUUCUCCGUGGGGCUGGGCAACGUGUGGCGCUUCCCCUACCUGUGCCAGAAGAACGGCGGAGGGGCCUACCUGGUGCCGUACUUCAUUCUGCUCCUGAUCAUCGGCAUCCCUCUCUUCUUCCUGGAGCUGGCGGUGGGGCAGAAGAUCCGACGGGGCAGCAUCGGGGUGUGGAACUACGUGUGCCCGCGGCUGGGGGGGAUCGGGGUGUCCAGUUUGAUGGUGUGCGGCUUCGUGGGCCUCUACUACAACGUUAUCAUUGGCUGGAGCAUCUUCUACUUCUUCCAGUCCUUUCAGUAUCCCCUGCCCUGGAGCGAGUGCCCAAUCAGGAGGAACGGGACACAAGCCAUCGUGGAGCCGGAGUGCGACAAGAGCUCGGCCACCACGUACUUCUGGUACCGCCAGACGCUCAACAUCACCAGCACCAUCGCCGACAGCGGCGGCCUCAACCUGCGGAUGACGCUGUCCCUGCUGGCCGCCUGGUUCAUCGUCUGCCUGGCCGUCAUCAAGGGCAUCCAGUCCUCCGGAAAGGUGAUGUACUUCAGCUCUCUCUUCCCCUACGUCGUGCUCUUCUGCUUCCUGGUGCGUGGUCUGAUGCUGAAGGGGGCCGUGGACGGCAUCGCGCACAUGUUCACCCCCAAGCUGGAGAAGAUGCUGGAGCCGCAGGUGUGGCGCGAGGCUGCCACUCAGGUGUUCUUCGCCCUGGGCUUGGGUUUCGGGGGGGUCAUCGCCUUCUCCAGCUACAACAAGCAGGACAACAACUGCCACUUCGACGCCACGCUGGUCUCCAUCAUCAACUUCGUCACCUCCGUGCUGGCCACGCUGGUGGUGUUCGCCGUGCUCGGCUUCAAGGCCAACAUCAUGAACGAAAAGUGUGUCGUCGAGAACGCGGAGAGGAUCCUGGACUACCUGAAUUCGAACGAGCUGAGCCACGACCUCAUCCCGCCGCACGUCAACUUCUCCCACCUGUCGACCGCCGACUACGCCGAGAUGUACGGGGUGAUCAAGACGGUGCGGGAGGACGGCUUCGCCAAACUGGGCCUGGAGCCCUGCCUGCUGGAGGACGAGCUCAACAAGGCGGUGCAGGGGACGGGUCUGGCCUUCAUAGCAUUCACGGAGGCCAUGACCCACUUCCCCGCCUCCCCCUUCUGGUCGGUCAUGUUCUUCUUCAUGCUCAUCAACCUGGGCCUGGGCAGCAUGAUCGGCACCAUGGAGGGCAUCACCACGCCCAUCGUCGACACCUUCAAGGUGCGCAAGGAGAUCUUCACAGUAUGCUGCUGUAUCCUGGCCUUCCUCAUUGGGCUUCUGUUUGUGCAGCGGUCUGGGAACUAUUUUGUCACCAUGUUUGAUGACUACUCUGCUGGCCUGCCCCUCACCAUUGUGGUCUUUUUAGAGAACAUCUCAGUGGCCUGGAUUUAUGGCACUAAGAGGUUCAUGCAGGACCUGGAGGACAUGCUAGGUUUUCGACCCUACAGCUUCUACUUCUACAUGUGGAAGUAUGUCUCCCCCCUGUGUCUGCUUGUGCUCAUUGCCGCCACCGUCAUUGAGAUGGCCAUCAGCCCACCGGGCUACAACGCCUGGGUGGAAGACCUGGCUAUGGAGCGCUUCCAGAGCUACCCUCCAUGGGCUCUGGCCAUGUGCUUCGCCCUCAUCAUCGUCGCCAUGCUGCCCCUCCCCUUGGUCUUCAUCGCCCGCCAGUUCAACCUGAUGUCCGACGGCUCCAACAAGCUGUCCGUGUCCUACAAGAAGAGCUGCAUGAUGAAGGACAUGUCCAACCUGGAGGAGCAGGACGAGACCCGCUUCAUCCUGAGCAAGAACCCCAGCGAGACGCCCUCCCCCAUGCCCAACCACCGCUCCUACCUGGGCCCCGGCAGCACGUCCCCGCUGGAGAUGACCAACACCGCCCCCAACAGCCGCUACGGGACCGGCUACCUGAUGCCCAUCACGCCCGAGUCAGAGCUAUGAUCUCAUGCCUCCCCCACACGCACACACCCAGACGCACGCAUACACACAUACAUGCACAUACACACACACACAGACAUGCAUGAAUGAAUACACACACACACACACAGACAUGCACAUGCAUACGCACACGCACACACACACACACACACACACACACACACACAGACAUGCACAUGCACACACACACACACACACACACCAGCAUGUCAUUCCCCUUACAGAGAACAGCAGGGGCAUGGCAGUGCUCCUCAAACCUUAACCUCCCUACAAUUCAAGGCCUUCUGCUGCCACGGGACACCCUGCUCUCCUUUCCCCCUCAGAUAUUAAAGCAGACGUCCCUCGCGCACCCAAACACAAAGGCAAAGCACCUGGCCAAAGUAUGAGCACAUCGCCCGUGAGCUUCCAAAUCAUACAGUCCAUCCAAAUCAAUGAGUGAAAGGGAGUGCCAUUUGCAAGGUGGAACGGGGGACCAGGGCACGGGGGGUGGGGGAGUGAGGGGCUCAUUUUGAGGAAGGACUGGAGAGGAGGAAGGAGGACGGCUGGUACCCAUAUCCACAGGAGUCAGAUGUUCCCCAUAGGCCUCUGAUGCAGCACACUGCAAAGUUAGGGGAGAUUAAGGUGUAUGGAAUGUUGCAACUCUGUACCGUGGCAGAAGGUGUUCAAGGCAGCACAAAUUUUUACCAAGGGGGACUUUUGGCAGGAAGAGGGUACAAGAAAGGGAAGGAUGGAAGAAAGGAGAAAGAAUCUUCAAAUCCUUUUUUCUUUCCCUGAACAUAGCUGUAAAAUAUCAUAAAUAGGUAAAUAUGUAACCUAAUGUUAGAACCUAUAUAGUUGGAGAUUCAAUGUAAUUAUCCACCCUCAUUCACUAGACACAACUAUUCCAGUAUCAGUAAUACAGGAAUGUAUUACAGUACAGUAUUUUUUUUUUUUUAACUAACAUCUUAUCAGGACACGCUUAUACCACUGAAUAUUAUCACUGACUAAACUUGACUACAUCCAUUCAGGCAGAAGCUCUAAGGUACUACAGCACUUCCCCACCUGAAAUUCAAAUAUGGAGCUGUCUGCUGUGUCACUGUGUCUAAUUACUUGGCCAUUCUGCUCUCCCUCCUGAGGUUAUGGAAUGAUGGUACACUGCUACAACUGACCAAUAAGUCUAGCAUUGAUGUUCUAUUAAAACGUCACUGUUGACUAAUGACACAGCACCAGAGCUUUCAAACUGCUGCGUAUUCCGUGCUCCGUUGCUCAGAUCUGGGGGACAUUGAGCCCCUACUGAAAUCAGUUAAAGCCAGUCUGUCUCCAAAACAUUGGUAAAAUUCUACUUAGAAACCCUCAAGGCCACUUUAAUAUACUGUAUUAAUGCAACAUACGUGUUAUUACAAGGUAUCACUAGGAAAGAAAAGGGAAAGAAAAUCUCAAUUACACAAAAUCCAGCUUUCAACCUUCAGUUGUUUAAAGAUGCAAACAAAACUUCAAAAGAGAUACAUUUAGUCACUCACCCUUUGGUCUGUGGUUUCCUGGUCUCCUCUUUCUUAGGCUAAGACUGUACUCAGAGACAUGGGACCAUUACAGGAAAACAGUGUUAGAAAUACACACCGAACACUACACACAGAACCAAUGGAGUCAGCCGGACCAAAUGAUCAAGUUAAGGAGAUUUGUGAAAAACCACUGCUUGAAGCAAUGGACUCUUUUUCACUGCACAUUUCAUUUGUUGAGCUCCUACUAUAUAGUUUGUUUGACCAAUAUUGUAGUUUUGUAAGUGUUAUAUUAUAUAAUAUUAUAUUUUUAUGUGUAAAUAUGUGUCUGGGUGACAUGAACAUGUGUCUGGGUGACAUUAAGUUUCUGCUCCCCCCUAUUUAUUCCUUCUAUUAAAGCUGUGGUAUGCAUAUACAGCAAGGGCCAUCAUGGCUAAAAAAAAAAAAACAAAAAAAAAAAAAACAGCACCUCUGCUAUCAGGAAACAUGUAGGUUUGUCAGUAGCGUAGCACCUCUGCUUUAUGUAUGAUGUCAACCUUGUGUAUACUCUGUAUAGAGCAGGUACUGACCCACAGCUGCCUCAGCUAACUCAGAUAGUCAUUAUAUUCAGUGGUGGAUGAGGAAGAGGAGGAUGAGGAGGAGUAACUGGGGUCCCACAUCAGGCCACUGUUCAUGAAGCUCUUAAAGCAGUGAUUCAAAGCACUAUAGAGGGAAUGGGGGGGGGGGGGAAGUGGGUGUUUACUUACAGGCUCCCAUUCUUAAAUGAUAGGAGAGGAGGUGUUAUACUCACAGAAUCCAGAAUCCUCCCUGAAGUUUUAAAAAUAAUACAGGAUUAGUUCAAUGCUUAAAAGUGACAGUAGGGGCUCUUCCCAGUAUUGCCAGUUUCAAAAACUGAGAUAGCAAGUUUCUGGGCCUCAGAAAACAGUGAGUUCAGCGUAGAGUUUGUCAUUCACGGGUAACUCAACCUGUCACUGGGUUUUCAGAAAACCUACUGAAGACAGAGCUACUCAACCCUGACCCUGAAUGAAGAGCAUCAGUGUUUGAAAGCUUUUCUUCAAGCCAGACCUGGAACCGCUUGACCAAAACAAGUGUUAGUGAUUUAAACCAAUUCUGGAAACAGACACUGGGUUGUGGCGGCCCAGGACAAGAGUUGUGAAGCUCUGCAUGACGGAGAUAGCAAAAGUAAUCACAGUUACAAACUACAACCUGAACAUAAUCAUGUAUAACUCUGAAACAAGAACUGAGUGAGGUGGGUAAAGGAAGACUCACAGUCAGUCGUCUGUAGGCGAAGCUGUACUUAUUAGGGGAGAAGAGAUGGCCACUAGAUGUCAGUGUUUGUCACAUAAAGAGGAUUCUGCACUGCACAGCAGUCACUCAAAAGUUCUGGAAAUCCAAAUGUUAAGAAAAGUUAACCAAAGACACCAAAUAAUUCCUGUACGUCACAUUCCACUUUGGUUUGAAGCAGGACCAAACUUAUUAACACAAUGUUUUAAAAUGGCUGAAAAGUGGGUCCAUAUUGAUGAGGGGACGCAUUGAAACACUGAUGUUCUUGUAUUUGCACUUACUGAUUUGAUUUCCCUUGGGUCCUUAUCAAUGCUUUGAGAAUCGCUGCUUUUCCUGAAUGAGGUCUGUGGUCCCUUCUACAUACAGACACACACGCACACCCACCCACCCACAAACACACACGCACACGUAAGCACACGUACACACACACACACACACACACACACACCCUCCUUGUGACCUCACAAUGACACAGUACACAAAAUGGUCUCAUACUGUAGGUGCCUAAACCAUAAAUUAAUCUCAGCUCUUUCAUGCCCAGCACAGUAUUAGAUGCUGUAAAAGCUUACUGUAGUGUUGCGAUUGUUUUAGUAUCUAAUGGUUGGAGAUAACCAGUUUGUGCACUUUACUAUAGACAGGGGCACUGGAGUUGCAUGGCUUGUCUUCAUGAAGUCCAAGUCCUGCAUAUCCUGAAUCGCUCUCAUGAUUGUGUCAAGUUAUUUACAUUUUGUGUUUUUCUCCUCUGGAAGUUCAUUUAGAUGCACAAUGAUAUGAAACGCCCGUGUCCACAAGCACACAAUAUACUGGACUAAAGUACAGCUGUCACAAGCGAUGGCUGCAGCACAAUAAUGAGUAAAACUUUUAAUUCAAAUGUAGCAACUGCACAGCGAUCUACCAUGCAACUAAUUUAGAAAUUAACUUGAGUUUGUGUAUAAAAUGUAUAAGCCUUUACCACAACCACAAUGUCACCUUCAACUUCAAUCCUUAACCUUAACCUUACCAGUGCAGUUCAAUUGUUAGCUCACAAUAUUUAAAUGGUAUUAUAUAAUAAUAUUAUAUAAGAUCUAAUAUAAUCACACUGAUAAAUUGGCUGCUAUUAAAUAUGACCCUGUUAUGGCUUGAAGCUGGAAUACAUAGCACACAAAUUGAAAUGGCACACUUGCUGACAAAGUGCACAGCACCAUGGCGUAUCAAAAAAGAAAGAAUGUGGCACAAUUUUCUUCCUGAUAAAUAUAUUUUCGAUGGGCAGCAUUUUUCAUAUAAAUAUGGACCAAAUGAAUCAAUAUGAAGUAGCUACAGAUUAGACAGUACUGAAAAUACUGACAAUGGUUAGACAGCACAGUAGACUCUCCAUGUGAUCCUCCGGGUCCUUAAUUUAAAAUAAGAAACAUAACUUUUUUUUUUUUUGGUCCGUGAUAUAGCGGCAAUAGUAGAGUUACACUAAAAUUGAACGUGCUCACCUAUUAACCAAUCAUUGUAGUUUUUUGAUGUGGAGAGCAAAUAUUUUUGAUUGCAUCAAAAAAAAAAAAAAAGUCUGACAAAGUGACUGACAGCUUUUGUUGAACCCAUUAUGGGGUUCAAGAAACCAUCCUCUCCAAUCACUAUCUUACAGCAUCCAAUCACAAUCCUCAAUGUUCACACUCUCUCACAGCAUCCAAUCACAAUCCUCAAUGUUCUACGGUUCUGAAAUCAAAAAUGAAUGACAAUGGAACUCCAGAGCCUCUCUCUUGCUAGCUCAAAAAAAGGAUCGCUAUUAAAAUGGGAAAAUUCUCUUUUAGUUAACUUAAUUUUUUUGUUAAUUUUUUAAAUGAUUGCUUAUUUAUUUUUUUAUUGUGAUGCUAGAAGCCAUGGUAUUAAUGAUAAAAUCAAGUACUAUAUUUGUAUUAUUGUAUAUUUAAACUGUAUAUGUCAUUGUACAUUCUAUUAUAUUAACAAUAAGGACAAAAUAAUGGUUAUGAUGCAAAUAUUUUCAUCCUGUGCUGUAUAUACAUACGUCAUAUUUACAAUUUUGUAGUUGGCAUACCUGUAUCUCCUUUUGUGGCUGGGGAGAUAUCUUGGGAGUGGACAGGUUUGUGUUUUAUGUUUUAUGGGGGAGGGUCUGUGUCCUUUAUUCAAUGUAGUUUGUGUGAUUGUGUGUUGUUGACUUUGCACCACCUCUAUAAUCAGUCCCUGCAAUUUCCCUCAACAACUGUAUACGGGAAUAUUCCUGUAUAAAUCAAGGUAUUCGUUGAUUCAGCAGUUUAAAUAUAUAUAGAUAUAUAGAUAUACUAUUAUACUUAGUAGAUGCUUUGGUUUCAUGUGUGCAUAGUGUUCAGGGACCUUGACACUUUCUCCUCCUGUGUUUUAUGUCAAUGCAAUUUUUUAGUGUGGACCUACCUCCUACAGCACUGGGCAUAUACACGCCCUAAAUGUCCCCGUGACCUUCAGCAUUUCCCUGAUGAAUAAGAAUAAGACUGUGUAAUAGUGGGGCUGCUUACAUAUGAAAAUAGCAGUCCAUCAUAGAGAAAUAGUGCUGUCUGCACCACAAUUCAAGAAAGCAAUCUACCCUUUUUUGUCUAAAUGUGUGCACUGUAAAUGCCUUCACACUGCAAAAACUGUACGUGAAGUCACCGUAGGUGAGUUUCUAUUCAAUCUGAUUGUAGUUGCACUUCUUCUUGUCUCUUUUAACUCCAAGACGAUGUCAUAAGGUUUCUUUUAUUUAUUUUUUGUGUAUAAAUCUUUCUGCUCUGUGUACUCUGCCAGCCAUUUGAUUGACACACUGUAAAAGCCAGACACUUGCAUUGUAUCUUUCUGUGUAGAAGCAAUAUCUCCAUUUAACAAGCAGUAACGAGAAAGUGAAGCCAAUCUCUCUGGGAGAGAAGCUGAAAGGAGUGCCAAAGACACUCCUGCGGUACCUGUUUUGUGUUUGUGCGUGUGUGUGUGUGUAUAUAUGUGUGUGUAUGUGUGUGUGUGUGUGUGUGUGUGCGCAUGCCUUUCUCCCGACAAUUAUCAAUAACGCUAGGCCUCACCAAGCACAGGUUUUAUGACGUCUUAAGACUUUCUACAGCGAUUCUACAUUAAAGCACACUCCCGUUCAGCAGUCAUGAAGAUGAGUAUUCCGGUGUUUGAGUCUGGAUGACUGUACAGUGUUCUAAUUAUGUGUGGAAAAAGAUCUUGUGGUUGUCACCAAAAAAUAUAAAUAAAGACAAUAAAAACUGUUGUUCUUAUUUCAA